AAUUUUUAUGGAAACAGCAGAGGAACUUAAAGAGAGAUUGACGACUAUGCAAUACAGAGUCACUCAGGAGAGUGGUACUGAGCCCCCUUUUACAGGGAAAUAUGACAAGCAUUUUGAAGAAGGAAACUACAACUGUAUCGUUUGUGGCACUCUACUCUUCAAGUCAGAGCAUAAGUAUGAGUGUGGCUGCGGAUGGCCAGGAUUUUGGGACAAAGAUGGAGAUAUUAAAGAAAUCAGUGAUACCUCUCAUGGCAUGACCAGAACAGAAGUUCAAUGCAAUAACUGCAACGCACACCUUGGUCAUGUCUUUAAUGAUGGUCCUGAACCCACUGGAAUUAGAUACUGCAUCAACUCAGCAAGUCUUGACUUUAAAGAGAAAUAAUUGUUGUAAAUAUUUU